CGAAAGAAGGGUCGAAAGGUUUCGUACGCCUGGAGGGGGCGUUAGCGCGAGGAGAAUAGGUUUCAUUGAACCAGAAUUCGACGGUGCUGCCAGCGGAUGGCUAUGCGGCAAGGGAGCCGAAAAGGGACAGCUAUGGGUAACGAUAGAGCGAGAGGUCGGGUGAAACGACCGCCACCAUGAUGGGCGAGGAUGGGAGAAGGGGAAUCGCCGUUGUCGCGGAGGGGUUGAAAGGGCACAGGAAGGGGAAGCGAGAGGAACAGACACUGGGGAUACGGAAUACGGAGGCACCGUGGUCGCUGGCCUCUGCGGCAAAUCUGCAGGUUUCGUGUGGCGUGUGCGUGCGUGGCCAGAGUAAAUCGCGGGGAUUUUCACCGGUUCCCGGAAGUGUGUGCGUCGGCCAGAGAGACAGAGAGACAGAGAGACAGAGAGAGAGAGAGAGAAAGAGACAGAGAAAGAGAGAACUCAAUGCUCACCCGUGAGUUCUCUAGUGCGUAAAAUCAAGAAUCGUACGCGCGAUGUGGAGUGGCUUUUCUCUCCCUGUAUGUGACACUCUCUCCGUGUGUCCGUACGUGUAGUACGUUUACGUGUACGAGGUCGUACUCCUCUCUCGUGCCUCUCGUAGCGAGAACUUGGAGGCGGCUCGGGGGAUGAAGAUCUUCGAUGGAGCGGCGCGGCAUUCGCAGCAUUCGCUCUGUACCAAGGGUAGCUGCGUCUUCGACGAGAUUCGGGUCUAGCCGAGGGACAAUCACGGUGGACCGAUGAGGAGGUGGUGGCUCGUUCUUAUCCGCGAAAGGUCUCGCGCGACCGGAUUGAUUGAUCGGCCGAGAGGAUAAUAGAAAAGAGCUCGUCGAUGCCAGUCGACGACCCCGCGGACCAGGUGGGGGGUGUCCUCUCGUGAGAACGGGCGAAUACACGUUCACGCGCCGCAAGAACUACGCGUGGAGAGGAAGCUGACAAGUGCACCGUGCCGUCUGUCAGUUUGUUUCCACUAUUUUCUGCGGGCUUCGUUCGCUCGUCCGAUCAAUCAAUCAACCCGCGAUGUGUCUGUGUUUGCGUGAUCAGUGCUCUUGCACGCGUUCGUGUGACUGAUUCCGUUUGGUGUUUCAAUCUCCCUUCGUUUGGUGUUGUUAAAUCUCCAUCGAAAUCGAAAAAGAAAAAGAAACGCUUUCACCAAUUGGACAAUCCCUGUCGAAGGAGGAAGCGUUACACAAAAUACGUAUAAACAAAAGGACGAGAUUGGUGGAAGACGAAGGAGACUGGAAGAAAGGAUCGAGAGAGAGAGAAAAGAGAGAAGGGGAAGAUGAAAUAGGGAGAGACGGACACAGUGGUGUACAGUCUCUCGGCGUUUAAUUUUUCAACGAGGCAGCGAGCGGCGCCGCGAUUGGUCAGGUCAGGCCGCGAGGAACGUACGGAUUUUUCGUCGCGUCCGCAGAUUCUCAUGCAAGUACGUGGUAUAAGCGAAUUUGCCGCGGUCGAUGCACUCGAAAGCUCGCUCGGGGGAGUCGAGUGACACGUACACGACACCGUGAGGACCGUGGCACAGUCGAUUCGAGUAAUCGAGCAUCGAAUCGAGCGUCGAACCACAGCAGCCUGGCCACCCCUUGCCUCCUAACGAACCUGUGUCAACUUAACCACAGUGUCUUGUUUAUUAAUCCUGGGGCCGGGGUGGUUGUAAUUGGAAAAGUGGGCCAGCGUGCACGGUCGGCGGCGGCUUAAUCAGAAUGAAAUCUAAGAAGUCCCGGGCAACAAUGGCUUUGUGAUGCCCGAAGGAGGACCGUCGGCGAAAUGAAAGCCCCUGAGAAACAAUGGAAGCGUCCACGCAGGCAUGACGGCCCCAUUCAGAUUCGCAGACGGCAUGCUUAGUGGCGGCCAAAGGAGACGCUCAAAUCUCCAGUAGACGGAGAAAGAGGGAUCCACUAGCAACAGCCGAAGAGAAACGAGACAGUGGCAUGUUAGGGGCAAUGCACCACCCUCUGCGAGGGCGCAUCCUGCUGGCCCUCUUCAUUCUGCUCAGCACGUUCGCGUUGCUCUCGAAAGCGGUCGCGUUCCCGGAUUGGACCGAUUGUCCGGCCACGUGCCGUUGCAAGUGGACGUCCGGCAAGAAAUCCGCCCUAUGCUACAACGCUAGCCUAACCUCGUUACCCGCCAACUUGGACCCGGACAUGCAGGUCCUCGAUCUGUCUGGAAACAAAAUCCCGGCGUUGCAGUCGGAGAUCUUCAAGCGUUCCGGCCUGGUGAAUCUGCAGAGGGUGUUCCUGAGGAACGCCGGCAUCUACAAGAUCCACGCUGACUCGUUCCGAGACAUGAGGAUUCUGGUGGAGAUCGACUUGUCCGAUAAUCACGUGGAGAUGCUGGAGCCGGACACUUUCCUCGGCAACGAACGGCUAAGAAUCCUGAUCCUGAGCGGUAACCCAUUGAACAGGCUGAGGAGCCAUCAAUUCCCGGUUCUGCAACAUCUGAGGAACUUGGAGUUGCAGCGAUGCUCGUUGUCCGAGAUCCAUGGGGAGGCGUUCGUCCAUCUGGUCGGUCUCGAGUCACUGAGGCUGGACCACAACGAGCUGAAGUACUUGGAAGUAUCGGUGAUAUCCAGCUUGCCACGUUUGAAAACACUGACGCUAGACGGGAACCAGUGGAGCUGCGACUGCAAGCUAAGAGACUUUCGAACCUGGUUGAUCCCGAGCAGACCCAGUAAAUUGUAUUCUGUGCCUCAAAUGUGUUCGUCGCCGUUGAGACUGGAGGGUCGUAAAUGGGAGGAUGUGAAGCCCGCGGAGUUUGCCUGCGGGCCGGAGGUGUUCGUGCUGGCCAGUAGCAUUCAGGAGGAGACUAACGGGAACCUGAGCCUGGCCUGUCUAGCCACCGGUGACCCAGAGCCGGAAGUUUGGUGGCAACUGAACGGAGGCCCGGUAAACGCGACCAAACUCACCGAACAGAUUUACUCGGGUACCUACGUGGCCUACGCGACGUCCGACGUCGGUAUUGGUUACAGCAACGAGCGAGCCUCGUCGUCCGGUCGACUGAUCGACAGAUGGAACAACCUGACUGUGUACAACGCCAGUGACGGUGACGCGGGCGAGUACUCUUGUUUCGCCAAGAAUAUCGCCGGCCUGGCCAGCGACACCGUCAGCGUCGCUAUUCCGCGGGUGUACACGUCGCCCACGCUCUCUCAGAGCGACAACUGGUUGCUCUGGGUGAGCCUGGCCGGUGGUGGAGCGGCCGCGUUGUGCGCUUCCAUUUCCGCGGUUCUGUUGGCUCUGUGCGUGUGCGGUGGUACUCGACGGCAACGUGCUCGAGAGAAAGUGAAGCUACAAGGUAGCACCAGCUUCGGCGACCAGGAGAAGAAGCUUCUGGACCUGUCGGUAACGACCACGACGCCUGGGAACAGCAACGACCGAGGCAGCGGCCACGGCAGUAUAGUGGAAGCUUGCAGCGCCGGUGACCUCGAACUGGCGGAGAGAGGGUCCAUCUGCGAUCCCAUGAGCGCCGCCACUGUCACCGUCGAGAGGCUGCGGCCAGAGGUGAGCAGCGGCUCUGUGAACGCCAUGAGAGCCGUGCCGUGCACCGCCAUGUUCCCGCCGCCGCCGCCUGAGUUCACCAGCGGCGUCCUGCCAGCCGGAAUCUUCGGCAACAUAUUCAUCUCCGUGUCGAUGCCGCAGGACGCCUCCGAUCGUUGUUACCCCGAUCUUCUGGACAUUCCUGUCCACGGUACGAGCGGUGUAGUGAACAGUACGACGUCCGCGGGCAGCAGCGUGUCCAGUUUCGCGACGCUGCCGCGACGAGCGCUGCGAUCCAGCGACCUUUGUUCGCCUUACGACAAUAUGGGGCCCCGCGUGACGGCCAACGGGAGUUCCGCGUUCUCACUGACGGACGCGGAUCUGCGAUUAUCGCCACCUCCGCCACCGCGGAUCAUACAACCGCCGCACGAGUUCGUCUCCCUGUGAGGUAGUUCGUCCUCGCGCAGCCGGCUUUCGAGCGAAUAGUCGGUGUUCAAAAAGUUUGUUCAAAAGCUCGUCGUCCGUCGCUUUUUCUCCCUAUUCCCCUCCCCUCCUUCCAUCGGAGAGAAAAACAUGAACGUCACGGUCAGUCACGCGCGUCCUCGACCCACCUCCGAUAUCUCGUUCGUUCGUAUUGUGUUCGUCGUUGAUAGUACACGUAUCCGCAUUUUAUACGGUGAGCCGUGUGCCUACCAGGUGCCAAACACCGGCGAGUGUGUCGUCUCGACGUAGGAAUUGCCUCGACGCAGGAAGUUCAGAAUGUGAUUCUAAACGGUGAUCAUUCGAACUUUCGGUAAUUUUCGUUUCUCCUUUCUUUUUUUUUUUCUUUUUUUUUUUUUUUU